UAGAGCAGAUUUUAAUCACCACCUUGUAAUGGCACAAGAAUAAUGUGAAAAACCAUUUAGAUGUUUUUAGUAAAGGAUCUAACAUUAUCAAUUCCUACUAAGAGAGAAACUAAAGAAUGUAAAACCCAGAAAACUACAAGCGAACUUGAUUUAGUCAUGCAUUAAUUAAUUAAUGCAAGAACACACCCUUUUGAUCCCUAUACAUGUAUAUAUACACACACAGAUCAGGCUCUGCUGUAUGUGCACAAAAAAAAAAAAAAAUUAUUCUUCUAUCUCCUCCUUAAAUAUUACUAAAGAAAAUGGUAGCCUUCCAUAUCAGAAUCGUUGUCUUAGCUGCUGCAUUUCUUGUUCUAGGAGUCAUCCCUGGAAAUGUAAUGAGUCAGAACUGCGGUUGCCUCGAUAACACAUGCUGCAGCAGAUUUGGUUACUGCGGCUAUGGCCCUGACUACUGUGGCUGGCCAGGCUGCCAGGAAGGUCCUUGCGAUCCCCCUCCUACCCCUAUUUAUAAUAUAUCCAACAUCGCUAAUAUUGUGACAGAGUCUUUUUCUACGAGGCGAUGAUGAGCCGAACUGACCCAAUGUGUGCGGGGUGGGAUUUCUACACGAGAGAACUUUCUUAAAGCUGCUGGUCGUCAGCCUUUGUUUUGUACACUUGGUUUGAAUAUUAAACGUGAGAUAGCAGCUUAUUUAGCUCUUGCAUCCCAGUUAACUACAGGCUUCUGUUUUGUGCAAUCUCUAAAUCAGGACAAGGAUUACUGUGACCCUCUUUUUAAUUCCACCUAUCCCUGCUACCCUGGCGAGAAGUAUUACGGGCGUGGACCUCUUCAAUUGACAUGGAAUUAUAACUACGGAAAAGUUGGAAAAUACUUGCAACUCGAUCUUCUAAAAUAUCCUGACAUAGUACACGAGGACCCUAUUGUCAGCUACGAGGCUUCCAUGUGGUACUGGAUAUACAAUGUUCAUCAGGAAUUCGAAAAAGGUUUUGGAUAUGCAGUUCGAGCUGUUAAUCCAGGGAUAUGCGACGGAAAAGACCCAACUGCUUUGGAAGCAGCUGUUAAUUAUUUCAGGCUGUAUUGCUAUCGAUUGGGGACUUAUACCGGUGAAACCCUCUACUGCUAGGAUAUGUAUCCCAUAUCCCUGAUCUCAAAUAAUUUAUCUCUCAGCUACUUUACACAUGUGUUCAUAAGUUAUAAUUACAGGGAUAUAUGUGAUAAAUAAAUACAUGCUCAGAGAAAUUAUCUACUUAAUGGUUUCAUCUUGUAUUGAUUCUCUAUGAA